AUGAUUGGCCUCAAGCUCAUUCAAACCUCUUUCACCACCACCAAGCAUAACAUUUUACACACAGGAAGACUUUCCAAUGCUAAGAAUUCCAUCUUGCGCUUCAGCAAGUCCAGUGAUUCUGAUUCUGCGUCAGAAGCUUCCCCACCGCAAGGAGAUACUCGCAAGCAGGACCUGCUGGUGAGGAUAGCAAUGCUUCAAGCUCAGAAAGUCCGUCUCACCGAUUACUUAGACGAAAGAUCCGAAUAUCUUACCAAAUUUGGAGAAGAGGCCACCGCUGAGUUUGACAAGAUUGGAGAAGACGCCCUCAAAGACCUGGAUGAAGCCAGUACUAGGAUUAUGGAGAAUAUAAACAGCCGCAUGCAGGCCUUCGAGGAAUCUGCAGGAAUUAACAUUGAGGAGAUGGAGAAAAAUGAGAACGAGUUAGCAGCAUUCGAAGGUGAGAUUGACAAAGAACGCAAUGAAGGGUUAUUUUUUAAGAAUCUGACACAGGGGAAACCGAAGGAAAAAGUGGAUGCUACGGAGGAAACAAAGAAGAUCAAGAAGCUUACCAAAAAAAGUGCAGGAUCAGAAACCAGGAGGAACAUUUAUGUUGCACUGAUUGGCCUGCUACUCAUACAAAUCGUUGAAUCCUUCAUCACUUCAACGCCUGAUUGGAGAAAAGUUGCAGUUCUCGGGGCAAUUUUUGUGGGUUUGGUUGCUCAGGUCAUCUAUGAGCAGAAAAUGUUAUCAGAAACAGAAAUAACAGAAGAGGGGAAAACAGAGGAAGAAAGAAGGUGA